AUGGAGCCCCGUACCUGUGUCCAGGACGUGAUGCGAUGUGACCUGUGUGAGACUGCUGUGGUACAAAUGCACUGUGAUACAUGUCUCGUCAACCUGUGUAAGGCCUGUGUAGGGGAGCACAUGAUUUCAGAUGAAUCCCAAAAGCAUGAUGAACAUGGUUACAACAUGAAGACAACGCAGAAAUCACCAAAAGCUGGAUCCUCUCCUCCUGUCAAACAGCUGCUUGAUGAGCCAGAGGCUGUCACCACCAUAAACACUGGGUAUAGCUUGCUUUACUAUGUGGCCUGCCAGAAUGAUGAUGAAAUUUGGACAAGCGGGGAUAACAUGAACAAAAAAACUCUUGAACGUUUCUGUAGUACCUCCUCUGGUGACCUCCCGGUAAUCAUGAUCAGUGAUGAUCUUGAACAGUCAAAAGUUGUCCGAUACUCUGGCUCCACAGAGAAACAAACCGUUCAGUUUGAUGCUAAAGGUAAACCUCUCUAUUCUCCUCUCUAUUUUCCUGAAUAUCAUUGUUCUAGAUUUAUUACUGAAAACAACAAUCUGGAUAUCUGCGUGUCUGAUAAUGGAGCUAAGGAAGUAGUGGUGGUCAAUCAGGCCGGGAAACUGAGAUUCAGGUACAAUGGAAUAUUUCCUGCGCCAAUGAACAGACCAAUGGAUUCACAAGGAAUUACCACAGACAGUCAGAGUCACAUUCUUACAGCUGAUCUUAGAAACCACUGUAUUCACAUCAUAGACCAAAAUGGACAUUUUCUCCGUUUCAUAGAACGUGGACUGAUUAAAGCAAUAGGACUGUGA